GUGUGUGCGUGUGUUGUGUGUGAGAGAGAGAGACAAAGGCUGAAUGGGUUAUUUUGGUCCUUACCGAUGCCGUUUCUACUGAAAACUCUUCCGUAGACCUACCUGAACAUUAACUGUUCUGCCGUCUGCCCACACUGUAUUUAUUAACGACAUUAAUCUGUAACUUAAAGCGAUUGUUUUGAAGUCCCUCCAGCAACAACGUGACUUUUUCUUUCCAGAGGAGUUGAGAUACAGGGAGGCUUCACCAUGGACCGACCCAUAAGCAAGUUAUUGGAAAAGUUAAAGCUGACCGACUCGGGCAGUGUGAAAUUCAACAGUUCAAAGAAGAAGAACGAGUCCUCCAACAACUCCAAUAACAGCAAUGGCAACGCCGGCGUCUCUGGGGGAGGCGGUGGUCUGCCACCCGCUCCAAACCCGGCGAGCGCCUCACCCUCCAGAGCCAGCCAGUUCUCACUCACCGCCACGGCCGAGUCAUGCGUUCCAGCCAGCGGGAGGGGAGCAGCGGGAGGAGGAAUAGUAGUGUCUUCCAGUCAACUCCUCGUCCUCCUCAGACCCUCGUCCACGGCGGGCCCCGUGUCCCAGGAGGCCGAGCAGCCCCUCCACCCCUCGACGUUGGCCCCGUUGAGACGUCGCUCCCCCCAGCAGCGUGCCUCCUGCUACCUGGGUGAGGGGGUGGACUCCCAUCUGAGGAGGGAGUCCGGUCUGGGUCCGGACUGUGACCCCCUGGGGGCGUUUGGCUCCAAGGCCUCCCUGAACCAGCGGCGUUACUCCCUGGAGCUCCAGCAGCUGGUCAGACGACAGCAGCUGCUUUCCCAGCCUCCGCCUCUGUCUGUUCCCCCGCCGUACCCCAACGCCGCCACUGGAUAUGGGUCAGCGCCAAGGGUAGGUGGCGGCAGUGGUGGCCCCCCGGCUGAGGCUGGCUACCUCUCUGAGCCGGAGCGGCACAAACGCCUCUCUCUGCAGGAGGCGCUGUUCUACAAACGCCUCAGUACAGGCAGCGAGCUGUGGGAGAGCACCAGGCCUGCAUCUCUGUCUCACCCCCCCCCACCGGCUGUCUGACAUGACUGGGAGGAGGAGGUAGUGGUGGUGGUGGCGGUGGUGGCAGCGGUUGGUGGCGGCGGGGGUCUCUUCUAUCCCCCAGGGCUAACCCUGAGCCCCUGCUCCUCGUUCAGCCUGCAGGAGUCGGUUCUGGUCAGCCCCAGGUCGAGCUUCGCUUCCAGUACGGCCAGCGGCGGUGGCGGUGGGAGUCCUAUGGGCAGCCGCUGCAGCAGCAACCGGACCAGCGGCAUCAGUCUGGGCUACGAUUCGCGUUACUCCGCCUCCGGAGGCCUCCCUCCACUACAGCCAUUCCUGUGCCUGCAGACAGGAGGUUCAGCGGCCGGGUACGGAGGGCCAGGCAGGGCCGGGGGGCCCUCCGUCGAGGCCUGGACUCAAUAUCUGGAGGGAGGCGUGCCACCUGGCGCCCAUGACAGCCGCCACUCCUACCCGCCUGCUGUGGGAAGCCCGGGCGCAUGCUACCAGGCUGGUCCGGAAUGGUGGAAUGAGCAGCGGGCAGGGAGCAGAGGAGAGGAGGCGGGCGUGACCGGAGAGAGGGCCCGCUACUCAGACCCUGCCGGGGACCCGGGGUACCAAGAGGAGCUGACCCGGCUGUUGCUGAGAGAUGCGGCACGGGAGGGAGAGGGGCUUCUGGGGGGGUUGAUGCUUAAGGAGCAGUCUCCUCCAGGCAAAGCUCUCCCCAAACCCGCCACAAUGGCGGCGGCACUUGGCCCUGCCUCAGCUGGAGCGCCGGUCAAGACCCAGGAGGAUCCCACCCGAGAGCGCUGACAGCAGGAGCCACGGAGAGGUCGCCAGGAGUUCUUUGGGACCUGCGUGAAGUGCGGGAAGGGCGUGUACGGGGCGGACAACGCCUGCCGCCUGGACAACCUCUACCACACCCGCUGCUUCACCUGCAUCUCCUGCGGACGCACCCUGAGAAACAAGGACUUCUACAAUGUCAAUGGCUCCGUGUACUGUAAAGAGGAUUAUUUGUUCUCAGGGUUUCAGGCGGCUGCUGAAAAGUGUAGCAUGUGUGGCCAUCUUAUUCUGGAACAGAUCUUGCAGGCUCUGGGGAACUCCUACCACCCGGGCUGUUUCCGGUGCGUGGUGUGCUCCAAGGCGCUAGACGGGGUGCCUUUCACCGUGGACCACCACAGCAACAUCUACUGCGUGGCCGACUACAACAAGACUUUCGCCCCCAAGUGCGCUGCCUGUUUACAACCCAUCCUGCCUGCAGAGGGCAGUAAGGAGAUCCUCAGGGUGGUGUCUAUGAACAAGGACUAUCAUUUUGAGUGCUACCACUGCGAGGAGUGUGGGAAACAACUCUCCGACAGGCCUGGCUCCCAGUGUUUCCCUCUGGACUCCCAUCUCCUCUGCCACUCCUGUCACAUGACCAGAGUGUACGCCACACACAACAUUCCCCCUCACAAUGCACACUGAGGAACCCUAUGCAGCUAUGUUUUGACAAACUGACCUUGUACACCGUCAUUCCCCCUCACCCACUUCGUUUUUUUUUUGUUUUUUUUUACUCAUACUUUUACUUAGUACACAAGUGCACCAUUCUCCACUUGUUCACUCAUCAAAGCCAAGGUCAUUGUGGGAGGUUUGGCUUCCCUUGUUUGUUUUUUUUCCUGCAAAAAUGAACACAAAUCAAACUGCUGAUGUAAGACGAUUUCACUGAAGGGUAAUGUGUCUUAUCUUUGACAUAACACCUGUCCUGGAUGAGUACCGUUAUCGGAUGUGUUGCCUGCUGUACUGUUUUAUUUCAUAAUAUCUGUAUCAUAGUUAUGAGGGAAUGGGAAAGAAAAAAAACUACUGCUUAUUUUACCCCUCCCUGUGGCUACUGUUUGCUGUAGAAGAACAAGGGAUUUUUGCUUAGUUGUUUUGUAUAUAUAUAUUGUUGCUAGCAAACAAUUUGCACUUAAAAUUGACUUGUUUACUGUAAGUUCUGUCAAAUGAAUCUGUACAAUUUGGGGAAAAUUUCUGUAUCUGUUGUAAUUAAUAAAUAUUUUCACUUGUGUGUUUCAACCAGACUUGUUGCA